UUCUGACGUUCCUUCAAACAGAUGAACAGAUCAUUUUGACAGGCGCCGAUUGGUUUACUUACGGUGAGUUACUACCCGUGACAGUCUAUCCGGGAACUUGUACGCUGGAAAAUGCGGCGGUGGCGGUCUUGGAUUGUCUUCUCUGUUUCCUAGGCUUCCUAGCCACAAUUUAUAUCAAUUUCGCGAUCUAUAUCCACUGGCGCCUCCGGUCCCGCUGGCGCGCGCUGAAAAGGCCAGCGGAUCACUUAUCGUUCCUUGAUUUUGGAUCUCACAGCGGUUAUUUGUUGCCUGAAACUCUGAUUCGACGGGACCAUUGCAACAACAACAGACAUCUGUGUAAUUCAAUCUAACUGUCUCGAUUUUCAAGACGGGAUCAACCAGAUGGAAACUUCGAACUGCGGCACGCUUCCCUGCAAUCAAGUAUGGACCCUACAGCGUUCUUAUUAAGCUUUAAAAAGCCCAGGACACUAUUUAAAGGCUUUCUUCCCACUGGAGCUCAAAGAAUAGCAUAUAAUCAACUUUUCAUGGCCCCAAAGUUCAAAGUCAUCGUCUGUGGUGGCGGACUAAGCGGACUAGCGUUUGCUGUAACGCUGUCCAAGUAUCCAGAUGUGGACCUCGAGCUUUACGAGGCUGCAGACCACUUCUCCGCUGUUGGAGCUGGCAUCAGUGUAUGGCCGCGUGCUAUAGAAGUCAUGGAGAUGAUGGGUAUGGGACCUGAUUUGCAGAAGGUGGCGUCAGCACCCUUCACAGAAGACUAUGUUGCUGCUUGGAGUUUCAGGAAGAGCGACCAAGCGGUAGGGAAGGAAUUUUGCCGCGUCGACUCUAAAGGGCAUUGUCAAACGUUUCACCGAGGAGACUUGCAUGACGUCUUCGUGAACCAUCUUUCGCCGCGGUGUGUGAUUCAUUAUGCGAAGCGAUUACAGUCGUAUUCCGAACAGCUUGAUGGUCGCGUAAAGGUAUUUUUCCAAGAUGGGACGACCGCCGAGUGUGACGUCCUAAUUGGCGCUGAUGGAAUAAAGUCUCGAGUACGGGCGUCCUUGCUGAAGGAUAAGGCUCGGAGUGCCUCAGCAGAUGGCAGACUACACGAGGCUGAGGAACUUCUUUCUGGUGUUCCUCAAAUCUUUACGGGAUCAGUUGCCUACAGAUCAUUAAUUCCCGUGGAGAGAAUCAAGUCGGAUCCUGUUGCGCGGGAUUUUCAGCUUCCCCCGCAACCUACACAGUACUGUGGUCGUGGCAUCAACAUCGUCGUAUAUCCGGUCUCAAACGGCGCCAUGUUGAACAUCGCUCUCUUUCGGCCUCAAACACACCUAAUGGGUACCUCAUACGACCCGCCGUUCCCGGUCCAGGUAGACAGGGCGGAAUUAAUGUCACUUGCGGAGUUUUCAGAAUGGGAACCAGAAAUCCAAGCUUGGUUACAUUGCAUCGAUCAGCCAAGCAGAUGGCCUAUGUACUGCACCAGGUUGUUGUCAUCUUACGCGUCGGAUCGUGUUGCACUUAUCGGUGACUCAGCACACGCAAUGUUACCGCAUCAGGCUUCGGGCGCAGGUCAAGCAAUUGAGGAUGGCUAUUUCUUAGCGACUCUUCUCGGCCAUUCACUUACAAAGCGGAAAAAUAUUCCUAUAGCGUUGGCAAUAUAUGAUUCCGUUCGCCGUCCAUUUGCUACUGACGUCUGGAAACGAUCAGCGAGAAACGCGAGGUAUUUUACUAUGACCCAUCAAGAUUUCGAGUGGGACCAGGAUGCACCAGAAGCUGAGGUAUGGGAGAAGCUUGAAGGAAUAGCGAUAGUUAUCAAUGAAAGCUUCGAGUGGGCUUGGACGACCUCAUUCAAAGAGAUGAUGGAAAAGGGUAUACGAAUGCUGGAGGCUGCUUAGAGGAUAGAGUACAUCUCGAAUUUCGUAUUCCAUUGUUCAUCCACUUAGCUCGCAGAGCAUCUAAUAUUACGUAACACGGUG